UUCGAUGGGGCCUACUGAGAUCCCUUCUCAGUCAACGGAGACCAUUAAGAUCCCUACCGCUAACUAUAAGUUUGGUGCAACCUUCAUUGAUCAUCCCAAGUUGAUGCUGUUGGGGAGAAUAUUGACUGAUGGAAGGCUCAGUGCAAGAGUCAAGUGCGACGUCUCUGAAAAUCUCACUCUUAAAGCCAAUGCUCAGCUUAUGAAUGAGCCACACAUGUCUCAAGGGAUGGUCAACUUUGAUUACAAGGUCAAUUGCUUUAACCUUCCUAGAUCAUUUUUCUCCGUUUUUGACAUAUAUUGUAUUAGUGUGACUUAAUGGGAGUUUUAUAUACUAACCACAAGAACUGCCCUCUCAAGAUUUUCAUGGGAAACAAAAUCCAAACUUCACACUUCACUUAACACUCCCAUCACCUCAAAUCUUCCUGUUAAUCUGCAGCUUUUUGAAUUUGGUAUGCUUCUUCCACUUUAGCUACAUGUUUUCCAGCAAUCUUCACAUGCUAUUGAUAAUAAUUUCAU